AUGGAGGUACUUGCUACAAUCGUAAAUGGAAGCGUUCAUAGUGGCUUACUUGAUCAGUCAGCAGAUCCCCUGAGGAUGCGAAAAUGUAAAUUGAUAACCUCUGUUAUGCGUGCAAAUAACAGAGGUUUAAAAAAAAAGAUGGAAAUGCAUACAGUGAAAAGAAAUGAUAAAAUAGAUAAGCAGGAUGCCAAAUAUAAGUAUGUCCUACAUGAAGUAACGUUACCAAUUGUCCCUAUUGCUUUUCGCCUAGAACGUCACAAAAUUCAAAUGCCUGUAGAUUGUUUGGUUGCUGCUGAAUAUCCUGGGA